CGACGAGUGAACGCGCCCGUCGCUUACAUCCAGAACACUGAGCUACGCGCUACGACCGCAGAUCGCUUCCUACAUACGAUAUAUACAGUGAUACGUGGACUGAUCGGUUGUGAACCUGUGAUUCGUUCUUUAUUACGUUACAAAUAUACGGUUUUAUAGUUGAGUGUUUGUGAUAUAGUGCAAGAUGCUCGUUGAAGAUUCUCAAACGGCUCGUUCGUUGAUGUCGAAGAAGUAUGCGCACUGUCCGCUGAAGAAGCGACCGGUGCUCGUUCGGGAGGAGCGACCAGCGACGCCGCCCACUACACCGCCUCACCCCGCCCACAUGGCCACCAGACUCUAUUAUGAUUAUCACUGUGAUACAGAAAAUGAUGAACCAGAAAACUUAAGCACAAAACCGGAAGAUCUCUCCAAGACUGGCAAUUACCCAAGUAAAGCUGCAUCACCGGUGUCCACCGCAGACAUUAAAUCUGAACCACGAGAGUGGCCCCAACAGCAACUGGAGUACCUAGCCGCGUGCCGAGCUCGUCUGGAGCCAAUGCCCACAGAACUGGCUCGCCCUACACCUCAAUAUGCAUAUCUCCCUACACUGUAUCCAGCUUAUCCUAUGGAAGAACUCUAUCCGACUGCCCCAGCCCUGUCCCCUCCUGUCCAACCUCAAUACUACGCCAGAUACUCUCCGGCAUCACCGCCCUCCUCGUGCUCGCCGCCUCCAUGCCCUGAGGACCUCCGUUCCCCCGGCUCAGUCUCCUCUGACUCUGGAGUCUCCGUGUCUGGUCCACGCCGCCCUCGUUACCAGUGCCCAGACUGUGCUAAGUCCUACUCCACCUACUCAGGACUGUCAAAACAUCAGCAGUACCACUGCGCUGCCGCCGAGGGAAGUCUUGCUAGGAAAUCGUUUAGCUGCAAGUACUGCUCUAAGGUGUACACUUCUCUGGGUGCUCUCAAGAUGCACAUAAGGACUCACACCCUGCCGUGUAAGUGUCACCUGUGCGGUAAAGCUUUCUCCCGUCCGUGGCUUCUUCAGGGACACAUCCGUACUCACACCGGGGAGAAGCCGUUCUCAUGCCACCACUGCCGGCGAGCGUUCGCUGACCGAUCAAACCUCCGAGCUCAUCUCCAGACCCACUCCGAUGUUAAGAAAUACUCGUGCACGGGAUGCGGGAAGACUUUCUCUCGGAUGUCACUGCUGAGUAAACAUUUAGAGGGAGGCUGCGGGGCUCCCAGCACGUCUCCAUACGAAUACCGACCGGAGGCUCACCAAACAUCACAUCCGCACCAGCUCCCGCCUUCCGCGCCUGUUCAUGCCUAUUAGAAGACUGACAAACAAAAAUUUAGAUCUCGAACAGUAGAUUAUAUGACCAACCGCUUACCAUUAAAAAGACAGUUUAAUUAUUAUUUAAAAAAAGAACAACUUAAAUUAUUAUUUUUUUUUUUUUUGUAAAUUUGUAGUUAUAAUGCGAGUUUUAAUUAUAAGAAUCUUAUAAUCGUAUAGUUUGUGGGACCAAUGUAUUGUAACCUCUUUGGAUGUUUGAAGUUUAUAAUAAUUAUUUUGUAAAUAUUACGUCGCUAUAAUCGCGUCGUCGCUAGUCAUGUGGCAUCCGCCGAGUGUCAUACACUUAUAUGCAUAUAUUCAUAUCCUUAGCCAUGUACAAAGUGCCUUAAUUUAAUUAUAGUUAUAAAUGAUUAAUAUAUUCACGAGAAAGAAAAAUUUUUUUUAAACGUUGUCAUAGUUAGGGUUAUUUAAUAUGGAAUACAAAAAUCACUAUGAGGCUGUAAAAUUAUGAAAUAGUUAUCGUUUUGCGUUCCUUUCUGUUACCUAAGUAACUUGAAAAUAUAAGAUGAUUUGAAA